AUGUCCAGUCUCGAGCUUAUCAACCCUCGCGCCGAGAGCGUGAGGAGGCAGCAGGCCCUCCAGGUCAACACGGCCGGAGCUGUUGGUCUCGCCAAUGUCGUCAAGAGCAACCUGGGUCCCCGCGGUACGAUCAAGAUGCUUGUUGACGGAUCCGGACAGAUCAAGAUGACCAAGGACGGAAAGGUGCUGCUCUCCGAGAUGCAGAUCCAGAACCCGACGGCGGCCAUGAUUGCUCGUACCGCUGUUGCGCAAGACGAGCAGGUCGGUGAUGGCACGACAUCGGUUGUUCUCCUUGUCGGAGAGCUUCUCAAGCAGGCGGACCGCUACAUCUCGGAGGGUGUUCACCCGCGCGUCAUCAGCGAGGGCUUCGACAUUGCCAAGAAGGCGUCGCUCGAGUUCCUUGACCAGUUCAAGCAGUACCCGACCCUCGACCGCGCCAACCUCAUCCAGGUUGCGCACACCUCGCUCUCGACCAAGCUGCACCCGAGCCUCGCCAAGAAGCUUGCCGCUGAUGUUGUCGACGCCGUUCUUGCUAUCCGACCCCCUGCUCCGGAGCCUGACGCGGACGGAAAGGUUGGCCGCCGUGACCCCAUCGACCUCCACAUGAUCGAGAUUAUGAAGAUGCAGCACCGCACCGAUACCGACACCAAGCUCAUCCGCGGUCUCGUCCUCGACCACGGUGCUCGUCACCCUGACAUGCCCAAGCGCGUCGAGAACGCCUACAUCCUCACCCUGAACGUUUCGCUCGAGUACGAGAAGACCGAGGUCAACUCUGGAUUCUUCUACUCGUCGGCCGAGCAGCGCGAGAAGCUCGUCGAGUCCGAGCGCCGGUUCGUGGACGACAAGCUCCGAAAGAUUGUCGAGUUCAAGAACAACGUUUGCGACGUCGACGUCAAGUCCGGAGAGAAGCCCAAGGGCUUCGUUAUCAUCAACCAGAAGGGUAUCGACCCGAUGUCUCUCGAUGUUCUCGCCAAGAACAACAUUCUCGCCCUCCGUCGCGCCAAGAGGAGGAAUAUGGAGCGUCUGCAGCUUGCGUGUGGUGGUGUGGCUCAGAACUCGGUCGACGACCUCGACCCCGAGGACCUCGGUUGGGCCGGUCUCGUCUACGAGCACACGCUCGGAGAGGAGAAGUACACGUUCGUUGAGGAUGUCAAGGAGGGCAAGAGCCCCAACGCCCACACCAUGACCCAGAUUCAGGAGGCUCUCCGUGAUGGAUUCCGUGCCGUCAAGAACGCCAUCGAGGACGAGGCUGUCAUCCCCGGUGCCGGUGCUUUCGAGGUUGCCUGCAGCAACUACCUCGAGAACACUGUCAAGUCAAAAGCGAAGGGACGCGCUAAGCUCGGUGUUUCUGCCUUCGCCGAGGCUCUCCUCAUCAUCCCGAAGACUCUUGCGGCCAACGGUGGAUAUGACGUUCAGGACGCUAUCGUCCAGCUCCAGACGGAACAGGAGGAGACCGACGACCCCGUCGGCCUCGACCUGCGCUCCGGAGAGCCCAUGAACCCCGUUACCGAGGGUGUGUGGGACAACUACCGGGUCAAGCGCCAGAUGCUGCACUCGUGCUCGGUCAUCGCUGUCAACCUGCUCAGCACCGACGAGAUCCUCCGCGCCGGUCGCUCGUCGCUCAAGCCCGACGGACAGGGCAUGUAA